GACAAAGCCAACUCACAGGCAAUUGUACAAAAUCACACACUUGAAGGUAGAGAAUGACCGAGGUAUUUCCGGGUGCUUCCGGGGUAUAGGGACGCAUCGUUUAACACGCCGACGUACAGGUGCUUAUCGGACAAUGAACACGUGCAGUUGUGUCCAUAAAUGAACAAACAUAUAGUAGAGUAAAGAUACAUAAAAACUGCCAUCGUUUUUACGCGCUUUUCUUACGUUUGUUUGCCUAACGAUGACUCGGAUGAGGAAAGUACAGAAAACUUUUUUGAAAAGUACGAAACGAGCCCAAACCAUUUGUCCACUUGAACAUAACAUUCAUUCCAGUUUUACCAAUACUUUGUGACGUAGACCACAGCACACACUGCAGCAUGGUGUCAGCGUGUUGCUACAGUCUGGGUGGCGCAACUGCCGAUCUGACCCACACCUGCUUUACACCAAUACACGGCAAUUAAUAUUACGUUAAGAUACUUAACCCGCCCACACGGCGACAUGACACAGCCGACAGUGCGGCCCGUGGCCUACACAGAGUCUGAAGUUCAUACGGCGCUUGUGUAGGUAACCUUAACAGCGCGAAGCCGUGCUCCGGUAACCGGGUGGGUUGUGUCAGCUCCGCCGUCACACCGGUUCACACGGCCCGGUCGUGACGUCACCUUAAUGCGCCACUCAGAGGUCAAUCCCAAGUAUUUCCUCUCAAGACAAAAGUGGGCUGGCAAACGCCCGCUGAAAGAUCCCGCGGUGCUUGAGACUCUUUAAGUCCUGACCUAUUUCCACUUGAUCGCCCCCUCUUUAUGUAAACGUGACUUAGAAUUCCACAGCAAGCUCGGAACAAAACGUUUAACUUCCCGUCGCCCGGACGCGCGGGUUGGCAGCGCUGCGAGGAAUCAGUGGCCCAUUAGGUUCCAAUUUCUGCUCCGGCUUAGGAGAUAUCCGAACUGUUUACUUACUGUCUUCUCUAGCUAGGAAUAUCCAGUCGGCCUCAAGUGUCGGUGAGAGGGUGACUGUAGCGCAAGAGGAGGCACAGUUGAGUUGGGGGACACUCAAGUGUCCAGAGUAGUCCGCCAACAGCGAAGGCUUCAGGGACGUUCCGGCUGAGUUAGCAUUUAAAUGACAGAAGGCGGAUUGCCACUUUUUGCCGCAGGACACGGAAAAUCCCUCGGACAGUCAAUCAAUUUGUGGUGAUAAUGACCGAGUUGUCUUGUUGAUCUCCCUUCACGCCUAUUUGGAGUGCCGCCUUUUCUCUCCUGUAGUCCGGUAAACGCGGACGAUUGAGAACAUGAAUCUGCAUGUGUAUUAGGGCUGUGAUUCGGCCAAUCACAACCCCGGCUCCUGCCGCACAAAGGCAUUUAGUCUCGGGUGCCCAUCUGCUUCGGGUUCGAUACCGACAGCGUCAGGGCGACAACAGAAGACUGGAGCUGCCGUGGCUCUACCCAGUGGUGGUGAAAAACCGUAGAAUCUGUCGUCGCGAGAGGGUUUCCCUGCCAGCGGAGUCGGUGCUGGGCAGUUUUACGAGGGAGUGCUUGUGACGUCGGCCCAGUGCAAUAGUAGAGAGAGCUUGGCAGGGACGAGGAUGGGGCUGUUAGCGCGGGCGCUAAUGCUCUUCUGUGUCCUGGAGGUAGCCGUAUCGCAGAGAGCUGACAGAACCAGCAUACGGCAUCUACUGAUCGGAGACUCGGAUGAGCGUCAGGAGUGCGAUUACGACUGUACGCUGGAGAUGAAGAGAACAGUUUGCGGCAGUGACGGCAGGACGUACAACUCUCGCUGUGAGAUGCAGCGGGCGAGAUGUCAAACCGGGAGGACCAUCGACGUCCAGCACAGGGGGAAGUGCAAAGACGUGGGGCGAUGUCACCGGGAGCGGUCUCACGCCCAGGAGCUGGACCGGCGGCCUAUGGUCGGCAUCUUCAUCCCGGAGUGUAACGAGGACGGCAGCUACGCCGAGGUGCAGUGCCACACUUCCACCGGCUACUGCUGGUGCGUCACCCGCGAGGGCAAGCCCGUGCCCAAUUCGUCCGUUCGGUACCAAACGCCUACGUGCUCAGGUAUGGGACAAGGCACAUUCGAGGAGUUCAAGGAACCGCGGCAAGGUCGAGACGGGAGACAAAGACGCCCAACGGGCGGACGGAAACAAUCCAAAGAACAAACCGUUCCUGUGUCUCCCUCAGGAUGUGGCUCGGAGGAGCGCGGGGAGUUCAACGACAACCUGAUCGACUAUUUCGAGACGGAGUAUAACCGGCUGCCCACGCCGCUGCCCGGCGCCUCCACGCUGGACAUCCUCCCGUUCCCCACGCAGCAGGCCCCGCUCACGCUGGACUCCUCCUCGUCUAAGGAGCGCCGCGUUCUGGACUGGAAAUUCAGUCAGCUGGACUCGGACAACGACGGCGAACUGGACAGAAAGGAGCUGAAAUUACUCCGGAGAGUGGUGAAGAAGGCCGUGAGACCGCGGACUUGCGCGAGAACCUUUACUAAAUAUUGCGAUAUGGACAAGAGUAAAAAGGUGUCCAAGAAGGAGUGGUCUGUCUGCCUCGGAGUCCAAAAUAUCCCCUUCCAUUUGUUCCUGACGCUGAACGCAGAGGAGCACACCACGGCGCCCACACGUGACCUCCAGCCGGCACCACAAGUGAUAGACCCAGCUGGCCCAACCCUCUCUAACAAACAGAUCAACCGACAACCAACAAUCGGCAACAGAACCGCAGGCGCUUUAGUGAAAGGCGGCUGUGAGUUGGACCGGCAGAAGGCCCUGGACGACCAGAGACGGAGUCCGCCGGGCACGGGCCUGUACAUCCCGGAGUGUAACUCUGACGGGAGCUACAAGUCUGAGCAGUGCCACAAGGACACGGGGUACUGCUGGUGCGUGGUCCGGUCCACCGGCCGACCCAUCCCGGGAACAUCCACCCAGUACAGCAUGCCGGACUGCGAGGGCGCCGAGGGGAUGAUGGUCAAGCCGGACGUGUCCGACCCCGUGUCCGUAGAGAGGAAGCCUGUGACGCCCUUACCACCGAGAGAGUUUAAAGAGUGCCCAGGUGCAGCCAAGGACAGGUUCAACACGGUUCUGCUGGACGCGCUGAGUACGGACAUGGUGGAGGCCGCACCCGACACCACCGGCAGGAUCCCUGAGCCUGACCCAACCCACUCCCUUGAGGAGAGAGUUGUCCGGUGGUACUUCUCCGUACUGGACAAGAACAGCAACGGCGAGGUCAACAAGCGGGAGAUCAAAGUGUUGCGGCAGUACGUCCGCAACAAGACCAGACCCAAGAAGUGCAGUCGGAACUUCAUAGACUACUGCGAUGCAAACCAGGAUCAAAUACUCACUUUGGAUGAAUUUCUGAGGUGUACAAUAGAAAAAGAUAACACAAAUUCAACUAGUAAUCCAGCGUCAGCCAUUCCCGGCCGGCGGAGAGGGCCGAACCCUUUUAGUGAGUAUGGCCAGUGGACGUUUUCGCAGUUGGCAGGUUGAUGUGAGACCUCCUGAUGCUGGAACCAUGGAAACACAAGUUACCCGGCAACACAUGUUGCCAUGGACACCACCAUUCCCCAGAUAAACAAAUGAAAACUGUACACAAUACAGCUCUCCAUGCUAGCUGUGAGGUCUAGUACACACUAGUCUAUUGUAUGCCUUUUGUUGUGAAAUCUCUAUGUGAUGUUGCCUAUGUGUAUGUAUUUUGGAAAGAUAAUUAUUAUUUUUACUUGGUGAUAGUGUGUUUGUAGGGUUGCUAACAGUUGCGUGAAUAGGUGGAUUUUGUAAUGUUUGAGGAUGUGUGGCUACUACUACGAUUCAUGUAAGAUACAAUUGAUAUGUUAAAAUUGACUACAUAGUUGUAAAAAAAAUGAAUUCUGUGAUCAAGGAGGUUUGAAAUCAAAUUGAUUUUAAACCUCCUUGCUUUGAUCUACUGAAAUGAAUUACAGGACUUAGAAACUGCAAGGUUCAUGCUAUUUCAGUGGUCUAACUUAAUAUUAGCUCUGGCUGACAACAGUAGUCUAAACAAAGUACAUGGGAAACACAGAGUAAUAAUUCAAUUUGGCAAGCCUUGACAAAAGCAAUUUUAAAGUUGUUUUUCCUACUACCUAAUUUAACUAUACUCAUGUCUGGAUAAAACUAGCAGAUUCAGAACAAGACUGCCAAUUUUUCCCCACUUUUUGGAGUUGUUUCAUUGUAUAGUAAGCAAAUGCUUUGGUACAUGUAAAACAUACUGCAAUCAUCAACUUACUACAAGUCCUGAAACCUUUCCAACAUUUCUACUGGUAGGAUUUUAGCACAAUGGAAAGAUUGAAAUGUACUGCAGUCAUCAACAUACAUAUUUAAGUAGGACCUUAUUAUUUUUCUUGAAUAUGUUUUGGGAUUUGGGGCUUUCAAUGACAGUGUAUAAAGGGCUGGUAGGUGGUUAUGUGUCUAACUUUGUAAAUAUGGUGAGACCUUGUGGGCUUGUAGAGAAUAUGUAAAAACUCAUGGUACAUGUGGCAUAUCCUAUCAUAUUGUAUCUCGGUGCUGCCAUUAAAUUACAUGCUAAAGAAACUGCUGUGUUUUUUCCCUGGUGUCUGUGUACAUAAAAGACAAAAAAUAAAUGAAGAAGUGGAACUGGUGACAUUGGAUUUGAAAAAAACACAAUUUGGAAUCUGGAGCAAAUGUUAUGAUAGAAAGAGGAGGAAAUUUUGAGGAAAGCAAGAUUUUUCAAAUAACGUGUGAAACUUGACUGAACAUGUAAGAACCUGGAUCUCCUCCAGGUUGGUUUUAUAUCCACUCCAAUAGUCUAUAUUGGAUGUAAACAAACCAGGCUAGAACCCAGGCAACUUUGAAACAUGUUGUCAUUUUGAUUUGAAAAAGUACUUUUCAAAUCCAACAUAACCAGUGUUUAGCCAACAGCAAUGCAACUAGACGAUAUCGAGUUAUAUCAACUUCUUACUCUUGUCAAUAAAGGAUUGAAUUAAGGCCAGGAAAACAAUGCAACUUCAUCCUGUUUAUGAAAUACCUAUCGUUUCAUUUCAGUAACUAUUUCCCCUUAAGUGAGGUCAUACAGCGGCUGAGGAGAUGUCAAAUCCUAUCAAAAUCCUCUGCAUCGUUACAUAAUCCCAAGGAUGAAACCUGAACUGUUGCAGAAUGUGACAUUUGGAUUUAAUCUUAAGCCUAAAAUAAAUGGUGGAAGACAUCUAGCCACAACAAAGGAAUAAUGUUGAUACUUCCUUUAAGCUAUUGGCUCUCUAAAUUUCUUGAUAGUAUGUGCUUAUCUGUGGGGUAUGUUUGAGCAGUUGUGUCUGUCUGUAUCUGGCUUGUCACAAGUGUAACAGCUUUUCCUGUGGACAUCCCAUUGAGAGAUAAGCUACUUCUCAGUAAUAGACUUUACAAAGUUAUGAAUGGAAAAAUGUUGUAGAGGUACAGUGGCCCCCAGUUCAGUUCAUCCUCAGUGAGGUGACACUGUAUACUGUCUCCAUCCCAUCAAUAUGGACUAUACAUAGGUGUAAUGAUUGUGAGCUCAACUACAAUGUUAGUACAACUUCAUCAUCACAGCUCCUGACAAACCAGCAUUCCUGUGAAAUUAGGGUGGUUGUAUGAUCAAUGACAAAUGUCAGGGCUUAUUGUUUUAAUUUCUUUCAGCAAACUUCAGCAAUUCUGGCCUUCACAAUACCAAAAUAGCCCAUUAAUUAAAAAAAACUCUAUGAAGUUAAAAUGAGCUUCAGGUCAUGUUCCUGUGAUAUGUGAGCACAUGUGACAUGAAUGACUAAUGUUGGCGGGACAUGCUGGAGGUUCCAGUGCCUGAUCCGAUCCACCUGUCCCUGCCAGGUAAGCCAAACAACACACGUUUAUUCACUCCCACACAACAGGUGUUGGAAACUUUAUUGGGCUGCAGUCUGUGCACAAAGUGGGAACUUAUUGGACAAAUCCCCUGACAAUCGCUGCUGGCGUGAUGAAGUGUCUUUCUUUGUUUACACCGUGCCAGACUCGGCCCACCUGACCUCUGGUGUUUCAAUCAAAGACAACAGCCACCGGUUACUCCAAGCCUUGCCAAGUAUUUGUUUCUGUGAAUUCCACAGAGAAGCCUAGUCCCCAACAGGCUGACUUUGUCCACGUUUACUUCACACAUCCCAGUCUUAGCAAAGUGACAUUUUGAUCCAGUUCCAGAUGACAGAGGAAUGAUAGAAUAAGCCAGCAAAGCGCCUUGCUGCUGGGGUAGAAAUCCCUUGGAUUGUGCUCAGAAAAAUAAAUGUCCCCCAUAUCCCCAAGCAGCAGCUCAAUAGAGCUUUUUCCCUGUAAAAUGCCCCAACAAUAGACCAGUUUAA